AUGACCCACCACAAAUCAAAAAAGACGGCAUCUAAAGCCGAUAAACUCAACUUUUUCAACCACAAAGGCGCUCCCGCGCUACAAACCUCGCAGCCUGAAGCACAAGAUGGCGACAGGGACUUGGAUUCCAGUUCCACUACCCCUGUAACAGACCCCACACGGUCUGAAAAUAUAACAAAAGAAUACCUGACACAAGCGCUGGAUAUGCUCUCCAACAAGCUCAUGGCAGCAAACAACGGACGCCAUCAGAAGAGAGAUGCAAGAGAUCGGAACAACGACAUAGCCGAUCAUUUCCAAAGUCUGGAAGAAAAAGUGGAACUACUCGAAACAAGGAUUGCAGAUGCAGAGGAUAGAGCAAGGAGGAAUAACCUCCGCUUGCGUGGUGUCCCAGUAUCCGUGCUUCAUGCAGACCUGCAAGCAUAUACUAAACAUAUAAAACAUAUGUUUUAG